UCCCUUCAUUCACUGCGUGUUUACUGUGGCAUCAAGUAAUGUCGGCUUCAAAGUUAUUAACAUAUUCUUUCGUGAAAACUCUCCCUGUCAGGACGUCCUGGCUGAGGAAAUUACGAAACAGGCAUGGUUUCACAACUCGCAUGUUUGUUCGGUCGAUGUGUUCACCUGUGGAGCCGAGGCAUGUUGUUAUAUCCGGUGGAGGAAUGGUAGGCACAGCGAUGGCUUGUAGUUUAGGUUUUAAUCCCAUGUUUGAAGGAAAAUCCAUAACAUUACUGGAAGCUGCUCCGAAAAAAAAAUUUGAACUUUCUGAGAUGUAUAAAAAUCGUGUCAGCACUGUCAAUUUAAGUACAGUAUCACUGUUCAACAGUUUUGGUGCUUGGGAUAAAGUCCUUCAGAUGCGCUGUCAGCCUGUAAAAAGAAUGCAAAUCUGGGAAUCUUGUUCUGACUCCUUCUUGACCUUUAACCAGCCUGACCUCUCUGAUGAACUUGCUUUUGUUGUCGAGAAUGAUGUCCUUCUAGAAGCCCUGCGGACAAAACUGGAAGAGGUCAGCGAGAGAGUUGAAGUGUUGUAUGAAAGCAAAGCUACCAAAAUAGAGCUCCCUAAACCAUCAACUGAUUCGGCAUCAAAAUCCUUAGUCAGCAUCACUUUGAACAAUGGAAAAGUUCUUCGUACAAACCUUUUGAUUGGAGCUGAUGGCAGCAACUCAGUUGUACGUAAAAGCUGUAACUUCCCCUCUGUAAAAUGGGACUAUAACCAGGCUGGUGUAGUUGCAACUCUAUCUCUGUCAGAGCCAACAGAAAACAAUGUUGCUUGGCAACGUUUCUUACCUUCUGGACCAAUUGCUAUAUUACCUCUAUCAAAGAAAGAAAGUUCUCUUGUUUGGAGCACCAGCCAUGAACAUGCCAAAGAAUUGGUCUCCAUGGAUGCUGACACAUUUGUUGAUGCAGUCAAUAAUGCUUUGUGGCAUGAUGAUAAAAAGGACCAACUUGCUUUGACGUUUGGAAAUUUCAUGGAGAAUUUUCUACAGAAAUUUGUCCCUGGUGGAGGUGGUUCUUUGAGACAAAUGCCACCAACAAUUUCCAAUGUUGAUGAAGGAUCACGAGCCUUGUUCCCCUUAGGUUUGAAUGUUGCCUCAUAUUUUGUCCGACAAGGAGUUGCCUUAAUUGGGGAUGCUGCCCAUCGAAUCCAUCCAUUGGCUGGUCAAGGAGUGAACCUUGGUUUUGCUGAUGUUACUUGUCUUUCUGACAAAUUACUGGAAGCAGUGAAUCAAGGCAGUGAUUUAGGUUCUUUAAACCAUCUGUUGUCAUAUGAAUCACAACGCCAAAGAGAUGUCUUACCUAUUGUUGCCGCUAUAGAUGGUCUACAGAAACUGUAUGGAACACAUUUCAGUCCAUUAGUGAUCCUCAGAACACUUGGUUUGCAGGCAACCAAUUCCAGUACAUUCAUCAAGGAUAAAUUCAUCCAGACAGCAACUCAUUCGUAGUGAAAACUGCUUUAGAGUGAUUUCAACUUGAAAUAUCUUGGAUACUAAUACUGUACUUUACUCAGAGAUACUGUAUUUUACCAUACUAUACUCUCUUACAAUGUAUUCCAAUGGACUGUGCUCUAUGAUAUUGUACUCUACCAUAUGGUACUCUACUACACUGCAUGUCAUACUCUACCACAUUUAUUAUGUUGACUGGAGUGUAGUAUGUACCAAACAGAUGUUUUCUUCACAGGCAAUACAUAAUACAGUAUUCUCUUGUAAUGUACUGUACUCUACCAUAUUGAAUUCUGUCUUAUUGUUCCCUACUGUAAUGUACUCUACCAUACUGUACUGUAUUGAUUUGUCUUCCUUAAGGCCACAUGUUGAUGUUGACUGCAGUGUAUCUCAAACACUGAUGUUUUCCUUAUAGUACAGUAUAUAGUAUUGUCCUCUACUCUACUGUAAUAUAUUAUAUUGUAGUAUAUAUUGCAAUAUACAAUAUUAUAGUACACCAUUUUGUACUGUACUGUACUGUGAGCUGCUGUGCUAUAUAGUGCAGUACUGCACUGCACUAUAUUAUAUAGUUCACUACUAUACUAUAUGCAUUUAUACAGUACUCUACUAGUAUUCUGUUUUAUUAUUAAUUUGUUUGGUAAUAAAAAUCUACAAACAA